CAGUUCAAAACAGCCAUCCAGUACCAUCAACGUCAUCUAGAAAUUGCUAAAGAAGUGGGAGACAAGGCCGGAGAGGGAAUCAGUUAUUGCAGUCUCGGCAACGCUUAUCGCAGUCUAGGACAGUUCCUGACAGCCAUCCAGUACCAUCAACAUCAUCUAGAAAAUGCUAAAGAAGUGGGAGACAAGGCCGGAGAGGGAAUCAGUUAUUGUAGUCUCGGCAACGUUUAUCAAAGUCUAGGACAGUUCAAAACAGCCAUCCAGUACCAUCAACGUCAUCUAGAAAUUGCUAAAGAAGUGGGAGACAAGGCCGGAGAGGGAAUCAGUUAUGGCAAUCUCGGCAACGCUUAUCACAGUCUAGGACAGUUCAAAACGGCCAUCCAGUACCAUCAACGUCAUCUAGAAAUUGCUAAAGAAGUGGGAGACAAAGCCGGAGAGGGAAGAAGUUAUGGCAAUCUCGGCAACGCUUAUCACAGUCUGGGACCGUUCAAAGCAGCCAUCCAGUACCAUCAACAUCAUAUAGAAAUUGCCAAAGAAGUGGGAGACGAGGCCGAAGAAGGAAAAAAUUAUUGCGAUCUCGGAAACGCUUAUCGCAGUCUAGGACAGUUCAAAACAGCCAUCCAGUACCAUCAACGUCAUCUAGAAAUUGCUAAAAAAGCGGGAGACAAGGCUGGCGAGGGAAUCAGUUAUGGCAAUCUCGGCAACGCUAACUGCAGUCUAGGACAGUUCAAAACAGCCAUCCAGUACCACCAGCGCCAUCUAGAAAUUGCUAAAGAAGUGGGAGACAAGGCUUGCGAGGAAAUCAGUUAUGGCAAUCUCGGCAACGCUAACCGCAGUCUAGGACAGUUCAAAACAGCCAUCCAGUACCAUCAGCGUCAUCUAGAAAUUGCUAAAGAAGUGGGAGACAGGGCCGGAGAGGGAAGAAGUUAUGGCAAUCUCGGCAACGCUUAUCGCAGUCUAGGAGAGUUCAUAACAGCCAUCCAGUACCAUCAACGUCACCUAGAAAUUGCUAAAGAAGUGGGAGACAAGGCCGGAGAGGGAAGAAGUUAUGGCAGUCUCGGCAACGCUUAUCGCAGUCUAGGACAGUUCAAAACAGCCAUCCAGUACCAUCAACGUCAUCUAGAAAUUUCAAAAGAAGUGGGAGACAAGGCUGGAGAGGGAAUCAGUUAUGGCAAUCUCGGCAACGCGUAUCGCAGUCUAGCACAGUUCAAAACAGCCACCCAGUACCAUCAACGUCAUCUAGAAAUUUCAAAAGAAGUGGGAGACAAGGCUGGAGAGGGAAGAAGUUAUGGCAAUCUCGGCAACACUUAUCGCAGUCUAGGACAGUUCAAAACAGCCAUCCAGUACCAUCAACGUCAUCUAGAAAUUGCUAAAGAAGUGGGAGACAAGGCUGGAGAGGGAGGAGGUUAUUGCAAUCUCGGCAACGCUUAUCGCAGUCUUGGACAGUUCAAAACAGCCAUCCAGUACCAUCAACGUCAUCUAGAAAUUGCUAAAGAAGUGGGAGACAAGGCUGGAGAGGGAGGAGGUUAUUGCAAUCUCGGCAACGCUUAUCGUAGUCUAGGACAGUACCAAACAGUCAUCCAGUACCAUCAACCUCAUCUAGAAAUUGCUAAAGAAGUGGGAGACAGGGCCGGAGAGGGAAUCAGUUAUGGCAGUCUCGGCAACGCCUUUCACAGUCUAGGAAAGUUAAAAACAGCCAUCCAGUACCAUCAACUUCAUCUAGAAAUUUCUAAAGAAGUGGGAGAAAAGGCCGGAGAGGGAAUCAGUUAUGGCAAUCUCGGCAACGCUUAUUACAGUCUAGGACAGUUCAAAACAGCCAUCCAGUACCAUCAACGUCAUCUAGAAAUUUCAAAAGAAGUGGGAGACAAGGCUGGAGAGGGAAUCAGUUAUGGCAAUCUCGGGAACGCUUAUCGCAGUCUAGGACAGUUCAAAACAGCCAUCCAGUACCAUCAACGUCAUCUAGAAAUUGCUAAAGAAGUGGGAGACAAGGCCGGAGAGGGAACCAGUUAUGGUAAUCUCGGCAACGCUUAUCACAGUCUGGGACAGUUCAAAACAGCCAUCCAGUACCAUCAACGUCACCUAGAAAUUGCUAAAGAAGUGGGAGACAAGGCCGGAGAGGGAAGAAGUUAUGGCAAUCUCGGAAACGCUUAUCGCAGUCUAGCACAGUUCAAAACAGCCAUCCAGUACCAUCAACGUCAUCUAGAAAUUGCUAAAGAAGUGGGAGACAAGGCCGGAGAGGGAAGAAGUUAUGGCAAUCUCGGCAACGCUUAUCGCAGUCUAGGACAGUUCAAAACAGCCAUCCAGUACCAUCAACGUCAUCUAGAAAUUGCAAAAGAAGUUGGAGACAAGGCCGGAGAAGGAAUCAGUUAUGGCAAUCUCGGCAACGCCUUUCACAGUCUAGGACAGUUCAAAACAGCCAUCCAGUACCAUCAACGUCAUCUAGAAAUUUCUAAAGAAGUGGGAGACAGGGCUGGAGAAGGAAUCAGUUAUGGAAAUCUCGGCAACGCUUAUCGCAGUCUAGGACAGUUCAAAACAGCCAUCCAGUACCAUCAACGUCAUCUAGAAAUUGCUAAAGAAGUGGGAGACAAGGCCGGAGAGGGAAUCAGUUUUGGCAAUCUCGGAAACGCUUAUCAAGGUCUAGGACAGUUGAAAACAGCCUUCCAGUACCAUCAACGUCAUCUAGAAAUUGCUAAAGAAGUGGGAGACAAGGCUGGAGAGGGAAUCAGUUAUGGCAAUCUCGGCAACGCUCAUCGCAGUCUAGGACAGUUCAAAACAGCCAUCCAGUACCAUCAACGUCAUCUACAAAUUGCUAAAGAAGUGGGAGACAAAGCCGGAGAGGGAAUCAGUUAUGGCAAUCUCGGCAACGCUUAUCGCAGUCUAGGACAGUUCAAAACAGCCAUCCAGUACCAUCAACGUCAUCUAGAAAUUGCUAAAGAAGCGGGAGACGAGGCCGGAGAGGGGAGAAGUUAUGGCAAUCUCGGCAACGCUCAUCGCAGUCUAGGACAGUUCAAAACAGCCAUCCAGUACCAUCAACGUCAUCUAGAAAUUGCUAAAGUAGUGGGAGACAAGGCCGGAGAGGGAAUCAGUUUUGGCAAUCUCGGAAACGCUUAUCAAGGUCUAGGACAGUUCAAAACAGCCUUCCAGUACCAUAAACGUCAUCUAGAAAUUGCUAAAGAAGUGGGAGACAAGGCUGGAGAGGGAAUCAGUUAUGGCAAUCUCGGCAACGCUCAUCGCAGUCUAGGACAGUUCAAAACAGCCAUCCAGUACCAUCAACGUCAUCUAGAAAUUGCUAAAGAAGUGGGAGACAAAGCCGGAGAGGGAAUUAGUUAUGGCAAUCUCGGCAACGCUUAUCAAGGUCUAGGACAGUUCAAAACAGCCAUCCAGUACCAUCAACGUCAUCUAGAAAUUGCUAAAGUAGUGGGAGACAAGGCCGGAGAGGGAAUCAGUUAUGGCAAUCUCGGUAACGCUUAUCACAGUCUAGGACAGUUCCAAACAGCCAUCCAGUACCAUCAACGUCAUCUAGAAAUUGCUAAAGAAGUGGAAGACAAGACCGGAGAGGGAAGAAGUUAUGGCAAUCUCGGCAACGCUCAUCGCAGUCUAGGACAGUUCAAAACAGCCAUCCAGUACCAUCAACGACAUCUAGAAAUUGCUAAAGAAGUGGGAGACAUGGCUGGAGAGGGAAUCAGUUAUGGCAAUCUCGGCAACGCUUAUCGCAGUCUACGACAGUUCAAAACAGCCAUCCAGUACCAUCAACGUCAUCUGGAAAUUGCUAAAGAAGUGGGAGACAAGGCCGGAGAGGGAAAAAGCUAUUGCAAUCUCGGCAACGCUUAUUGCACUCUAAGACAGUUCAAAACAGCCAUCCAGCACCAUCAACGUCAUCUGGAAAUUGCUAAAGAAGUGGGAGACAAGGCCGGAGAGGGAAUCAGUUAUUGCCUUCUCGGCAGGAUUCAUCUCGGUCAAAGAGAGUUGAAAAUGGCAAUCGAGUGUUACCAACGUCACCUAGAAAUAUCAAAAGAAGUGGGAGAUAAGACUGGAGAGGCGUGCUCACUUUGUUCCCUUGGAAGCAGUUUUGAAUGCCAAGGAAAUCUUAUGAUGGCCUUUAACUGUUAUUUCUCGAGUGUAGAAUUGUAUGAUGAUAUCAGGGCCAGUCUUCAAGUCAACGAUCAGUGGAAGAUUUGUUACCGUAAUCAGCACCAAGUAGCAUACAAAGGUUUGUGGCGUAUAAAUCUCAGUCGAGGUCAAGUUGUGAAGGCUCUUCUUGCCACAGAGAAAGGACGUGCUCAAGCUCUGAGAGAUCUCAUGGUCACAAAAUAUCUGCUUGGAGAUUCUUUAACGUCCAGCGCAUCCUGCAUCUCUUUGAGGUGGGUUCCAUCGAGCACAGUUUUCAUAGCUAUUAAUGGACCAUGCAUUUACUUCUGGGUUUGCCUCAGUGAAAAUAAUAUCCAGAUGAGAGAAGUACACGUGAACAAUUACAAGUAUGAGAAUGAGUUGGAAUUUUUCAUCCAGCUACUGAACAAAACUGUUCUUAAGGAGAUCAGUAAAAGAGAUUCUGUUACAAUCGAAAAUUCUCGGCUUGACUCGCCGACAGAAGAUGAAGUGGCCAAUGAUGUGAUCCGAGUUGAUGUGAGGCACUCCCAAUCAAGUGCUUUAAAAAGAGAUACUGUUACAAUCGAAAAUUCUCGGCUUGACUCGCCGACAGAAGAGGAAGUGGCCAAUGAUGUGAUCCGAGUUGAUGUGAGGCACUCCCAAUCAAGUGCUUUAAAGAAGCUGCAUGACAUCAUCGUUACUCCUAUUGCUGACCUGAUUGAAGGAAACGACGAGAUCACAUUCGUUCCUGAGGGGCCAUUUUGCCUUGUACCUUAUGCAGCGUUGCAGGACUCCAACUCAUCAUAUCUGAGUGAUUCUUUCAGAAUUCGUGUGCUUCCCUCUCUGACGACGUUGCAACUAAUUCAUGAUUGUCCAGCUGACUUUCACAUGAAGACUGGUGCAUUGCUUGUCGGCGACCCAUGUUUCAAACAUGUCAUCUAUCAGGGAGGACUUUUGGUGCAGCUUCCAGGAGCAAGGAAAGAAGUGGAGAUGAUCGGACGUAUCCUCAAUGUCUCCCCCCUCAGUGGAGAAAUGGCAACAAAACAUGAAGUCUUAAAACGAAUAUCAUCAGUGGCAUUAGUUCAUAUUGCCGCGCACAGUAAAAUGGAAACUGGAGAAGUUAUCCUGGCACCAAACACCAUAGGAGAUAACCCUCAGCCGCAAGAGAAAGAUUAUCUACUGACGAUGGAAGAUGUCAUAGAAGCUGGGUUGCGAGCACGUCUGGUUGUACUUAGCUGUUCUCACUCUGCUCGUGGGGAGGUCAUGGCCGAGGGUGUGGUCGGCAUGGCGCGUGCACUUUUGGGUGCCGGUGCUAGAUCUGUUGUGGUAACCUUGUGGACAAUUGGCGACGAGGGAACCCUGGAGUUCAUGAGUUUCUUCUACGAUGCACUUGCCAAAGGCAAGAAGGCAAGUGAAGCUCUCAAUCAGGCCAUGAAGUGUAUGAGAGAAAUUGCAAAGUUCAAGGAGGUUUGGCACUGGGCACCAUUUGUACUCAUUGGUGACGACGUCAACCUGGAUUUCAAGGAUAUU